CUCGAGUUCUGGUGGGAUUUCGUUUCUCGCAUCAAAUACACCCACCCCGAACACGAAAGAUGCCUCCAAAACGAGCCCGCAGGGGCACCGCAAAGGAGCCCCACUCCGAACCCGCCUCCGACAACGAAGCCGACGGCGACACAGUCCCGCCCGCCGCCAAGACCGUCAAAACAACCCCCGCCGCCACAGUACAUGCCAACGCCGACGCGCAACAUACCACCCCGCAGGCGUUCAGCUUGCAGCUGGAAGGGAGGAAGAAGUUGAGUAUUUCUCAGUUCAAGGGCAAGACGCUGAUUGAUAUCCGCGAAUAUUAUCUGGAUAAAUCGAGCGGGUCGGAGAAGCCCGGGAAGAAAGGCAUAGCAAUCCCGAUCGAGUCGUGGGAGAUCAUCAAGUCGAAGAUCGGCGAGAUUGACCAGGCGGUUAAGGAUUUGGAGGGUGCAGCGGCGGAGUAGGGGUUUGCGGGUGAUCCACUGAGGCGCUGGUUGUCGUGUGUUCGGAUGGUUGGCAGGUAUUGUAGCGCGAGCCGGCGACAGGUGUUAGAUAUAUAGGUGUAUGAGUAUAGGGGUCCCGGGCGUAGGUCUAGAUUCACUCAGUGCGGCCGUAUGAUUCCAAAAAUGUAUAUAUAUGUAAAACACAAACAUCGCAAUGUUUGCCAGUAUCAUAGCGUCGAACUGUCCGUCCCGUCGGAAAGAUCCAUCCGACCCCUACAGUAACGACCCAACAUCGGCACUACCAAAAUUGGCAAAACCACCUGCCACAUCUGCCCCAAUGCCUCCCCGCCACCACUCGUGAUCGGCUCUACCUUUAGCGUCGACGUCGCCGCGGCCUUCCUCGUCGCCGCCGUACUGCUUGCCCCACUACUCCCCCCACCAAAAGGCGGAACAUGAGUCGUCUCCGCACACCUCGUCCC